AGCGUUCUCUCUGCGAAAUGCCUUUUGGGGGUUGUAGUCCUUUCCCACCGGCUGCUCUUCCCAGGCCUCUUGUCUCCCGGUCCUUCUCCGGCAGCCAUGCCCGGGGGAAAGGGUGGGAAGCCCCGCGAGGCUGCGAACCCCGUCUUGGCCGGUGGGAUUGAGUCGGUGACGGAGAGGGUCCUCCGGGAAGCCCACUCCCUUUAUGUCCAUCCGGGUCACGGUCUGGUGACUAUCGGGAUACGGCUGGGACUGACCCUGCUCCCACCACGCCGCAAAGUGACCGUCAUGGUUAUGGGCAACCACAGCGCUGGCAAGAGCAGCUUCAUUAACUGGUAUGUGGAAGAGCAUAUUCAGCGAACUGGCGUAGCUAUUGAGACUCAGGGAUUCACUUUCAUUACCAGUGGAAGGAAGCGAGAAUCUCUCACGGGUAAUGCUACACUCCAUCUAUACCCCCAUUUCCAGGCUUUGCAAAGUUUCAAAGGUGUGCCAGAAUACCUGAGCACUGAAAUCUGCACCUCCAAACAGAAGCAGUUUCCCCUAGUCACCUUCCUUGACACUCCAGGCUUGGUGGAUGGUGACAUGAAAUAUCCAUUUGAUGUGGAAGCAGCUCUUAUAUGGUUUGGCCAACUAUGCGACCUCAUCCUAGUUUUCUUUGACCCUAUGGGGCAAGCUCUUUGCAAACGCACCCUCAAUAUUGUGGAGAAUCUCAAUGAGGGGCACGGUGACAAGCUGCAUUUCUACCUCAGCAAGGCUGAUGAAGCUGGUGCAGAGGGGGACAGACAGAGGGUGCUGAUGCAGAUUGUCCAGGAACUUUGCAAGCGUCCAGGCCUCAAUAAAUGUGGCUUUGACAUGCCCACAAUCUACAUCCCCAACUCCAGUAAGCCAAGCCGAUGCGUUAAUCAGAUUGAGGAUAUCUGCCGAACUAUUGAGAAGACAAUCAGCCAAACUGUACAGCACACACUUAAUGCCCUGGAACGGGAUUGCCAUCUCAUCAACGAGGCUACACUGCAUCUACUAGAGGAGGACAACGAAACCAGAAGCAGCAAUUUCCGUGCUCGCUUCCGGGGAAUACUCUUGGGGAUUGCUGGGUGCCUGCUGCCCAUCUUUCUCCUUGUAACAUUGCUGUUUGGUACCUCAGUUUCUCGCCAGUUGUGGACUCUGGUCUUGGGAGAAGAGCAAAGCCAAGCAAUGGAACUAUAUAUGCGUCCAGUUGCCACAAUCUGGAGUCUUGUCCCUGAAGAGCAGACCUUAACAGUAUUCUUUGGCCUUCUCUGCCUCUCAUUUCUCUUCCUGCUCUUGGCCAGUUAUACUUUCAGGACGAAGCCCACACUGUCAAAAAAACAGAAGCGGCAGCUGGAAGACAGACGAGAUUAUGUGUUGGAUGUGGUGCUGGAAAAAAAGAAGCAACUCUAUGAGGAAUACCUUCGCCUAAGCAUUGGUGAGCAGGACUUGAGCUGAAACUCCCUUCCUAGUGUGUCCAGUCCCCUACUGUCAUGCUACACUCAACACACCCACCCUCAACUGUCUGAGCUGCUCCAGAGAAGAGACUGUCAUGCAACUGUGAAUCUUCUAAGGGGCCAGUUAAAUGCCUUCCAAUCUGGUUGGCAACUUUUUCCACGUAGUUCAACGAAUAACCUUGUAUUUGUUUGGAUAGCAGUGGUAUCUUACAAUCUUUUGAACUGUGACUAACUAUACCUGUAAUCCCAUGCAUCUGAAAGGACAGUGAUGUACUUCCUCUCCUUCCUGCUACUCUUGUAACUGAUUGGAUGGUGCCUCUAGGUUUUCCUGUGAACUGUGUGCUCUGGAGAAAGGAACAGCCACACUUCCCAACUACUCUUCAUGUCUGAUUGGAUUAUGCCAUUCUUCCUUUCCUAAAUGAUUCUGUCUUUAAAAGAUAAUGUCACAGUACUGGCCAGCAAUAUGUUUAUGGCUGCUGUAGUAAGAGCCAAGCAUCUUUUUCAGUAAGAUGUGGUAACACAUAUCUUUAUGGACCAGAUUGGUACUUUCCUUUUUUUGGUUCUGCACCUUCUCUGUCACUGCUGACUCUAGCCUGUGUCUGGCCAGUUCACAUGUUCACAAACUCCUAAUGAACUAGACCUUGUCCCAUCUGACAGCAAGUUUGACAUCCUUACCUUUGGGAGAGCUAUACCUCAUACUUUUAAACCUCACUGGAUGUUGAGUGGGGCGUGCAAAUGCCCGUCAUAUUCAGUCUCACAAGUGCCUUCAAAUGACUCCAGCUCUUGGGUAGAAGGUGGGACAUUUUUGCAAAUACCACUGUCUGUUUCUCUGCUCCUACCUAUGCUGUGAAACUUACCAAUGCCUGUGACUUGUUCAGAGCUAAGAAGAGCUUCUUUUUUGGACUACAGUUUCCACAAUCUGUCAGCCACCAUCAAUGAUGGUCACCCUGGCAAAUGGAUUCUGGAAGUUGUUGUCCCAAAAAUUAACUUUUUCAAGCUAUUUGCUAUAAGCUAUAAUUUAACCCAGCAUACAUUGUAGCAUGCUGGAAAUCUCAUCCCUUAUUUCCUCCACUGUCUUAAAUAAUAUUACAUGUUGUAUUUCCUUGCUGUGUUCAUUGAUGCUAGGGCCCCUUAACUGUAAGUUUUCUUUUAGUGCCUCAGUGAUGGCUUGAGAUGUUAUCCAGUAGUGACAGGGUUUUUUUUCCCCCAAUAGUUUUGAGAUACUCUGGAUAAUGAAGCAAGGAACUACAGUAUAGUAGCAGCAGUUACAUGAUCAUUAGGAGGUACUGAAGUUGUUCUUAUGUUAGGAACUCUCUGUAGUCCAGAGAUGGAAAACUCAUGGCCCUCUAGAUGUUAAAAUUACAGCUGCAGUAACUCCUCAUGAUGCUACUAGUGGCUGACAGAAAUUGUAGUUCAGGUAGGCAGUAAGCUGCCCAUCUUGCUCUGAUCCCUUGCCUUAAGGCAUCCUUUACUUAUCUGUAGACCUUAAGGGCGUGAGGCAAGCUUAAUUUUUCUGAAUAGCCUUCACAGCUCCAAAAAGCUAUGUUUUGGGCUACAGCUCCUUAAGCUACAAGCCUAGUUUCCAUAUUAGACUGUAGUGAAGCUGCUGUAACAGAACAGUGUUCAAGUGCUUUGUUUACACUAACCAUGGAGAAUCUUUUGGCCAGCCAGAUGUUUUUGGAUUGUAGCACCCACAACUGUUUACCAUUGGCCAUGUUGAGAAAUGGCAGUAAAAACAUCUGGGAGACCAAAUCUUCCUUACUUUCUGCUUUACAAAUUUUGUUCCACCUCAUGCAAGGCAGGAAAUAGCCAGUAUUAGUAACAAGAAAUAAUGCAUAUGCUGCCUCUUGGCACUGUGUUUGACUAGAAACUGUACAGUUUCAGGAAGUGGGGCACAACAAGAACUGAAGGGUAUGGCACAAAUUCCCUAACCUAUUAUCAGUUCCACCUCCCCAGGUCAGGUCCCUCAUAACUGCUAAAGUGACAGUUGGGGAGUUGAGGAGAAGAUAUAUUUACUGGAAGCUAUUUUUUUCAUUUUUGUUGUGUAUCCCUUACUGGUACAUCAAUCAAACAGGUCUAAUAGGGACCUUAUUCUACAGUAAACUCCAGCAAGCACUGCCAGAAAUUUGAAGUGGACAAUUUAAUAAAAGCUCAUUAGAGAACAUG